UUUUUUUUUUUUUUUUUUAAAUAUCAGGCUCAUUGAGGGUGCACUCAUUUACUGUUGAGUACCUCACCGGAGCACUCUCACUUCACCGUUUUUAUCAUUAUUCUGGGACAGACUUUAAGGUGACUUUUUUUGUUUUUGUUUGUUUUUUUCUUUACCCAAAAGAGAUUAAAGCACCACCUUGCGAACAAUCCCGCCGCUUUCCUUUAAUCAAGUACAUCCUAGUUUUACCUCUGGCACCAUGCUGUCCAGUGUGCGCCGCCACAGCCUCCGCCUGCAGACCGAGCUCCACCGCUGGAGCAUCUGCGACCCGGGCAGCCACCUGCUCACCGACAGCCUCCUGGCUCGGGUCCCCGCUUGCAUGUCCCGCUCCAAGUCCUGCACCAGCGCCUCCGGGGAGUUGGACAGGAGCCGCGGAAGCUGGUCGUCCUCCGACUCGGUCAUCUCCACCGACUCCGCCGGGGAGCCCGCGGAACCCGGGAGCCCGUACCGGGUGGUGCUGUUAGGGGCCAGCGGGGUCGGCAAAACGGCCUUCACCAGCAUUUUCGCCGGGGCAGCGGACAGCAUGGACAGCGAUGACUGCGAGCUGUGUGGAGAUGAAGUAUGUGAAAAGGAAAUUGAAGUGGAUGGAGAGCCUGCAACUAUAACUCUGCUUGACACAUGGGAUGCAGAGACUGACCCCGACUGUGCUCAGGAGCACUACAUGCAGACAGGAGAUGCGUACCUGUUGCUGUACUCUGUAACAGACCGGGCCUCAUUCCUGCGAGCCUCCGAGCUCCGGAUCACCCUGCGGCACUUCCGUCCUGCGCAGCACACACCGAUCAUCCUGGUGGGGAACAAAUGUGACCUGGUGCGACGCAGAGAGGUGUCAGUCAGCGAGGGAACGGCCUGUGCAGCUGUGUUUGACUGCAAGUUCAUCGAAACAUCAGCCGCCAUGCAGCACAACGUCUGGGAAGCUUUUCACGGCAUGGUGCGACAGCUGCGUCUGCGCCGAGACUCCAAGGAAGCCAACAGGCGUCGCAGGCACACAAACUGUAACAAACGCCGCGAGAGCCUUCCCAUGAAGGCCAAACGCUUCCUCGACAAAGUGGUGGCAAAGAACAAUCCCAGUGUGGCGUUCUGGCUGAAAUCUAAGUCCUGUCAUGAUCUUUCUGUGCUGUAGAAAACAUGACAAAAGCCUGUUUUUAACUGUACGCCAAACCUUUUGAGCAGGUGAACAAGUUUUGGAGAUCAGAACGGCUGCUUCUUAGGGGCUAAAAGUUGGAUGGCUCAAAGCUCAGUCCUCCGUGUGUUCACACUGAGCCAGCCUGGUGGACAUGAGAGGUGUUUGCAACCUCACUGCACUGCCAUCCACAUGUUGCAGUCUAAACCAGACAAAGUGGACUGAGCUCAGCCUCUGCGAUGGACGGGACAAUCGGCUAAUGAAGUGACGUUUCCUGUUGCAAAGACUCGUCAUGUCUGUGUGGCAUAAACUUUGGAGGUCAGAAAUCAACUGAUGGAAACAGAGAGUAGGAAGUUAUGUUUUUGUGUUUUGAACAGAUACAUUAAUAUGUCUUCUCUCUUUCCUCCUCAUUUUGCUCUCAUUCCUGCCUAAUUUGUCAUCCGUUGAUUCCCCCAAGUGCUAUGAUUACCAAUUGUAAGCUAUUGAUGAGUAAGUAUCAUGAUUUGCAUGAUGAACAUUUAUUUUUGACUGUCUUU